UUUAAGAAAACCUAAUAGAGUUGUUUGGCCUCCGGCCGUCGUCUCCGGCAAAUCUUCCGUGUCCGCCGGUUGCAGCAAUACCGGCGAGUGGGUUACUGUUAUCAUCUCUCUCUCUCUAUAUAUAUAUAUAUCGGCACUCGCACUGUCUCUCAGUUACUCUACUGCACAGCCUCCAGUCUAUCGCCGCCGUCAUUGCACGUCUGCGAAGGGUCGUCGCCGGUUUGGUAUUUGUACGGUGGAAUUGAAAUGGAAGAAGUUCAAUUUGAUCACGAAUCAAAAGAGAAGAUUUUUCAGAUUUUUAAAGAGUUCAUGGCUAGUGUUGCCAAGCUCGACGAAUUGGGGACACUAGGAAGCCAGUUGCUAUCUGGCCUUCGGCAAGGGCUUGAGCUUCUUCGACGACCUUCAAUAAAUGGAACAUCAAAGUUGAUUGAGAAUGUCAUUGAAAUGAGUAAUACGGAGAAUCUUAGAUCAUACAUUGAAGCUGGAUGCAUCAAUACUCAUGAUGGCGCACAAAGUACAAAGAAGUUGCAUACAUGUCGGGUUGGACUGGAUGAUCAUUUGAAAAAAGCAAGGAGCCUAAUCGACGAACUUGAGCGCCUGCAUAAUGAUGUUAAUAUUGAACUGGAAACUGAAAACCCCCUGUGCAAUUCAACAAUGUCAGAUGAAGAUCUAGAAUUGGAUGAAGAAGAAGCAACUGUCCCUAGUAAGAAACCUGAUGCUAAUGAUUAUGCUGUAUUAAUGGGGAUCGUCAAAGUUAUGAUCAAGAAAAACCACAUAAUGCAGGAGAAGAUUAUUUCGGGUUUAAGUCUCAAAUCAUCCUCGGGGGAACUCGAAACAUAUUGCCUAAUGUGGUCGUUACAACCGUAUAUAGACGAUGAAAUUAUGCGUUGGGCUUGGAAGCUUGUUUGAUGAGUUGCCAUUGCUGCAGUUAAUCUUUUAAGCCAAAGUUUGGAGUUUCCUUUUGGAUCAAAGUCAUCUCCGGGAGCAUUAAAUUUUAUGAGUGAAUAUUCCAUGUAAACGUAUUUGAAGGCAUCCGAUGUAAGUUCAAUGUUCUGUAUUUUUGAAACCAUGUCAGAUUUUGUAAAUUUAUGUGAAAUGAAUAUCAAUUAUUAUAAUGUUUCAAUGCAAGGUUUAUGUAUUAAAUUAGUACUAUGAUUUAAAUAUUAAUACCUUAUAAAUACUGCCCA